AUGCUAAGGCCAUACGACCUUCUUCCUUCUUCGAGGACUUACCUUUUGUUAGAGAACAUCAACACCGUUGGACAGCUAGCCACGAACCUCAGUAUGUCUUUACCAGAUGAACAAGAGCGAAAUACCAUGGACGAUCGCCUCCGUCGUCUCAAAAGAUCUUACUCAGAUCGCGAAAGAGCCCUUGCGGAUCUCGUCCCGCGCUACGACCACGACGAGCCUCAUAAUGCUGAGCUACUACAAGAGGAAGCUCUAGAGUCAAGGGACACUACUCACAACGCUGCCAACGACCAGUUAUGCGUAGACAACCAACUUCUCAGGCACCAAAUCGAAAGUAUCCGAGCGGAAAAGGAGACGACUAUCAGCGAACUGAGAGAGAACGAGCGCAUUCACCUUGAAAGCCUGGCCCAGGCACAAGACGAUCUGUCCAAGGCGCAAGACAAGAUUGCUUCUCUCACAAGCGAGAAGGUGAGCUUGGAAGCUGACCGGGACUCGGACCAAAUCGAAGUGCAAUGUUUGCACGUAAUGAUGCACUAUUUCCAACAUGAGUUGUACGAGUCCAGGCAGAAACUGUGUAAGAAGACAAAAGAGUUAGUCGACGCCAGGCGGGACUUGCUCAAUACGAUGGAGAGGUUAGGCGAAUACUCAGAGGGAGUACAUGCUAUGCUUGAUCGACUAGAACAGGCUGCAUCCAACAAGGCUGUCACUGAGACAUAG